UCAUGCCCCAAACAUGUUAUUAUUUUUAACAUAGGCCUCUGUAUGGCCUUCAAUUUAAGCUGCUUACGCUUCGCCACUCUGCCAUGGGCCCCUGUACCGCCUCCUCUUGCUGCUGCCAGGUCCAGAGCCUGUGUAUGGCUUUCAAUUGAAGCUGCUUCUGCUCCGCCACUCUGCCAUUGGACUCUUGAUAGUCGUCUCCCCACGCUGCUGCUGGGGGGACUUUUUAACAUAGGCCUCUGUAUGGCCUUCAAUUUUAGCUGCUUACGCUCCGCCACUCUGCCAUGGGCCCCUGUACUGCCUCCUCAUGCUGCUGCCAGGCCCGUAAUCUGCCAUGGGCCCCCGUACCGACUCCUCAUGCUGCUGCUGCCCGGCCCGUAA